GCUUUGUUCACAAUGCAACUUUUAUAAAAUCUUGUCGAAGGAUAUGGAAAAUCUAAAGAAGGGAUGCCAAAUUCUCCCCUUCACCAGUUACACAAGUAGGUCCGAAUUCACCAAAUUGAAACAUAAUUUUGUAUGGGGUGCUGCUACUGCAGCUUAUCAGAUUGAAGGUGCUGCUUGUGAAGGUGGUAGAGGUCCAUGUAUUUGGGAUACUUACUGCCAUGAACGUCCAGCUUCAAUCGUUAAUGGUGAUAAUGGAAACACUGCUGUUAAUUCUUAUUUCAAAAUGAAGGAUGAUGUGCAAAUGUUGAAGAAAACGGGUUUAAAUGCGUAUAGAUUUUCAAUUUCAUGGAGUAGAAUAUUCCCAGGUGGAAGACCAAACAGGGGGGUUAAUAGAGAAGGAGUUGACUACUACAAUAGCUUAAUAAAUGAACUCAAAAGCAAUCAAAUUGAGCCAUUUGUAACUUUGUGGCAUUUUGACACUCCUAGUUGCCUUCAAGAAGAAUACGGGGGUUUCUUAGAUGAAAGGAUUAUAUGUGAUUUUAAGGCUUAUGCGGAAUUUUGCUUUUGGGAGUUUGGUGAUCGGGUUGUGAACUGGAUCACACUGAAUGAGCCUGCUAAUCAUUGUCAGUAUGGUUACGAUAUGGGUGGAGUUGCACCUGGCCGAACCCAGAAUCCUACCACUGAGCCGUAUAUUGUAGCACACAACAUGCUCCUCUCUCAUGCUACUGUUGUGGAACUAUAUCGUCAAAGAUUUCAAGCAAGCCAAGGAGGUCAGAUUGGGAUUACGUUGGACUCGUUGUAUUUUGAGCCACUUAAUCCUCACAAGAAAGAAGAUAAAGAUGCAGCCAUAAGAGCGAUAGACUUCCAUUUCGGAUGGUUCAUGGAACCAUUAGUUAGAGGCAAAUAUCCCGACACUAUGAUAAAAAAUGUUGGUGGUCGUUUGCCUGAAUUUACAAAAGAGGAAGCCAAUUUAGUGAAAGGAUCUUAUGAUUUUCUUGGGUUGAACUACUAUUGUUCUUAUUACGCCACCAUUGGAAAACCAGAUGAUGUUGGCUCAAUAACGAAAGAUAGCAACGUCCAUUCACAACCAGAAGAUCUUGAUGAUAAACCUAUCGGUGAAAAGGGAGGCGUUUAUUGGUUUUAUUCGUAUCCACCCGGACUUCACAAAUUAUUGGUGCACAUAAAAAAAGCUUAUGGAAAUCCAGUGAUUAUCAUAACUGAAAAUGGGUGGCCUGACGAAGCUAAUAACCAUGUGAAACUUGAAGAAGCUUGUGUUGAUAAGAAGCGUAUUGAUUAUUAUAAUGCACAUCUUCAAAGUGUCCUACAAGCGAUGAAGGAGCACGUUAAAGUAGUGGGGUAUUUUGCAUGGUCAUUGAUGGAUAAUUUUGAGUGGGGAUCUGGAUAUUCUGUUCGUUUUGGUCUAUUUUAUGUAGAUUACAAGGAUGGAAAGUACACAAGGUAUCCAAAAAACUCUGCGAUUUGGUUUAUGAAUUUUCUUAAAAACCCCAAGAAACUACACGAUACAAGGAAACGUAAUGCUGAAUCCGAAAGUAUUGACUCUGGACCCCAAACAAAAAAAUAGGAAGCAAAGUAGUUCGCUUUAUAACAAUAAGUACUCUUGUAGAAUUGUACAAUUAAUGUCGUGUCUCUUAAUUUUGGUUAUUUAUUUCAAGAAAGUUUGUUGUAGGUUUGAAUGGUGUGUUUUGUGUUUUUCAUCUUUAAAAAAUUAGUUUUGUGUUAAAGAAAAUUUAUAUUACAAGAUAUGGAUAACUGGAUAAGGUGUAUUUGGAGAA